AUGAACUCCGACAUCCAACGCCUCGUAUUCAGUGGCAAGCGUGAGGACUUCCAAACCUGGAUGGACGCCUUCCGUGGUGAGCUGCAGAAGCGCUGGCUUAAGGCCCGCAUUGACGCCCAAAACGCCAAGCGUGCCGUGUGUGACGUGUCGUACGAGUCUUGGCUUACUGGUGUGCCGGAUGCGCUACCGGAUACCUUAACGCAAGAAUCCCUACAGGAGGCCACCCUCCUUAGGGAUUUACAAAACGUGGAGAUUCGCUCACUUUUGUCAAAAUCCCUACCGAAGAGCUACCUUAACCAGCUCAACGUGUCCCUAAUUGACCCAGCCGUUACUGUCACCGAGAUCUGGCGCAUGCUCGAACGUGAUUUUGGGGAGUCGAGCGCGACGGGUGUCAUUGGCCUCCUCACUAAGUUCGUCGGCACCCUUACGUCCGACUACCGCCAUGUGGGUGACCACUUUAAGGCAAUGAGUGCCCUACGGAACCGCAUCAACGCUCAGAGCGUCAAGUGCUUCGGCGAGCCAAUUGUUUCGGAGCAGUUAGUGGGUGCUCUGUUCCUAUCGCUCCUACCCCAGCAGUACUUUGGGUCCUCGGUUAAGUUCACCAAGGAUUCAUUUACUAUGGACAAAGUGUUUCAGUUGGUGGUGAACACGUUUGGGUCCAAAAGUAAGCGGGACAUUUUGUCGAUGUCAACCGGAUUUGGAAAAUCCCUAAACAAGUACGAAUUUCCGGUUGGCCAAAUUCUGGCCAAUGAGCGCAAGCGAAAACCGGAUGGCGGCCAGAAUGAAUGUUUUUACUGUAACGGCAAGUACAACGAAGGUGCCAAGGUGCACAUAAAGAAGGACUGCCCAAAGCGCAAGGAAGAUUUUGCGAAGGGGUACUACCGCACGUCCAUCUUCAAGGCGGCGAAGAGUGGUCCUGCUAAGGUGGCGGCGGUGCGCGCUACUCGCAGUGAAGUGGCCGUGGGCCAGGUGGAAGUGGCCACUCCAAGCGGCGGCGAUCGCACUGCCACGGACAUGGAGGAGGCGGCUGCUAGCCUGGAUGACCUCACCAUGCAGUUGGAGUAUGCGGACGACUGCCGCCAUGGCCAAUGCUGA